UUUGGUUUAUUUUAUAAAGUAGUUAUAUCAGUACAAGCUAUAUGAUUAGAAGUUAUUUUACAAUAAUCAAGAUUUCAGAGAUUGUUACCUGUCACUUUGACAAUCAAAAAUAUUAGUUACAUUAUCAAUUUAUGAAAUUUAGGAAAAAGAGGUGGCGGUUUGGAUUUGUGUCGUCCUCGGAAGCGGUGGUGGAGAGUUCGGGCGCCGUCGUUACAUCAACCCCCCAUACUUCGCCUAUCACAAGUCACAUAAUCGAUAGAAGUUUCGCUGGUGCCUUUAGUGGAGUUGAUGGCGACGUCGGGAGUUUCAGCUACGACGACGGAAGUUGUAGUGAACGCGUUGUGAAUGAUUGCCCUUCGAAAUUGUGUAACACGGAGCAAACGAUGCAGCCGCCACCAAGAAAGGGCAAUUACGCGAAAUUUUUGAAGAAUCUCCACUCGGAACAAAUCAACAAACUGAUUUUAAAGAAUCAACACGAGUGCGAUCUAUUGGAAGAUAUUAGAACAUUUAUUAUAAAAAGAUCGGCAAUAGAAAAGUCCUAUUCGGAAGCACUACUUAAAAUAUCGUCAGCUUAUUUGAAUAAAAAGAUUCCUAAUAUUCCUGAUAUAAAAUUAGAGGGGGGAGAGGAAAAAUGGAAUAUGUGGAACGUAUGGAGAACCGUGUUGGAGGAAAACGAGAAAUUAGCGAGAGCUAGACUGGCGGCCGUCGAAAUAUUCCAGCAACAAAUUGCGGACGAUGCCAAAAUACUCCGGGCGCAUAAAUUACAAACGGCCAAAAAGUGCGUGGAUCAAUUAGCGCUGGUACAAAAAGAAUUACAAUUGUGUGUACAGGAUGUAGAUAAAACGAAAAAAUUAUAUUUCGAUGAAGAACAUGGGGCUCAUGAAGUUAGAGAUAAAGCUAGGGACAUUGAAGAGAAACUCAAAAAGAAAAAAGGUUCAUUUUUCCAGUCAAUCACCUCAUUACAGAAGAAUAGCGCUAAGGUAUCUUCGAAACGGGAUCAGUUGGAAGAAAAGUCAACAGGAGCAAGGAACGAUUACCUUUUGUGCCUCGCUGCCGCAAACGCACACCAAAACAGAUAUUUCGUAGUUGACCUUCAACUCUGCAUGACAACGAUGGAGAGCGGAGUUUACGAUAAAGUUGCUGAAUAUUUGUCAUUGAUGGGUCGAACUGAACUAUUGACCUGUUCAGCUAUGCAGAAUUCGUUCAGUACUAUCCGUGACCAAGCUAAACAGCUUACUCGCGACUACAAUCUCCAAUGCUGUUAUCUGUAUUAUCCCGUAUUAAAGCAGCAUAUACACUACGAAUUCGAUCCGUGUGACAACGAUCCUGUGGAUCAAAUAACCGCCGAUCACGAUUCGUCAGCGGCGACUUUGAGUAAAGAAGCGCGUCGAUGGGCCACUAAAAUAGCCAGAGAAAAUAAUAACGUAAGAGAAAGCGUUAGAAAGUUGCAGUUGUAUCACGCCCUUAAAGAAUCGGGACAGAAGGUAGAUCCGAAUGAUCCGAACGGUCAUGAUUUGGAAACGAAAAUAGAAGAAAUGAAGCAAGCCAUUAGACGAGCUGAAACUUCCAAAGCAAAAGCAGAGGCGAGAAUCGAAUGUUUACGAGCAGGUGGCGUCAACGUCGACGAAUGGUUACAAGAAGCGGAAACUCUGAACGUACAAGAUAUUCAAAGAUCUACUAGUUCGUUAUCGGACCAUCCUAGUUCGGAUUCUUUCUACGAUAGCGAUUUUGCUGAGGGGGAACCGACGUCAGGUCCGAUAGAAACAAGAGUGGAAAUGGAAAGUAAAGAAGAAGAACGGAGGGAGAGCCAGUCGGAUCAUUACGAAGCCGCUGAAGUCGACGUCAUGCUAGAGCAAGAACGACAAAGAAUAGAACAGUUGACUGCUGGAUGGGAUGACCCGAUUCAGGUUGAUUGGGGUACUGAGGAAAACGUCGAGGAGGGCGAAGGAUUUGUCAGGCAGGAAAAAACUCCUUCAGUGCCGUUGCUCAAGUGUACCGCUUUGUAUUCCUAUACGGCUCAAAAUCCAGACGAACUGACAAUCGUUGAAAAUGAGCAGCUGGAAGUUGUAGGUGAAGGAGACGGUGAUGGUUGGUUGAGGGCAAGAAAUUAUAGAGGGGAAGAAGGUUAUGUCCCGCAAAAUUACUUAGAUAUAGAACGUGAACAAUCAGUUACCACUCCCGGUCUACAAACGCAAAUAUCCUUUUCUUCCGUCGAUUACACAGUUGAUAACGAAGAAGAGAAUGCACAACAGGCAACUGAAACCACUCAGUCUCCCGAACAAAUUUCGGUUAUAUCUAUACCACAAAAAACUCCGGACGGAUCCAUACCCGAAUAUUGCAUAGCAUUGUAUGAUUACGAAGGUGAAGGUGGUGAAGAAUUAACCUUCGAAGAAGGUCAAAUAAUAAAAAUAUUGAGUAAAUGCGCUCACAGUAUAGACGACGGAUGGUGGCAAGGUGAAUUGGACGGUCACAUAGGAAACUUCCCUUCUUUAGUGGUAGAAGAAUGCGACGAAUACGGAGAACCGCUUAUUAACCAAUGGGAUGAAACACCUCCGCCUUCAGCUCCACCUAUUUUCACUCCACCAAACGUGCCCGAUUAUUUACCAGACAAUGAGGAAGGCGACGAAGUGACGAUAUCUUCACCACCCCUCCAGCCUCCUCCAGCUCCGCCUGUAGAAAAACUAGACGAAACAAUCAACGAAAACGGUGAAGUAUACGAAAACGAAACCGUCGAGGAAGAAGGAGACGCAGUAGAAGCAAAAAGCUCUACUAAAUCGUGUAAAAAGAACUUUGCGAUGUCGCUGUCUCGGGACCAACAAUACCAAUACGGAAGUCAAUUUAACGAAUCGUCCGACGCUCCUGUACCGACGAUUGACGUGCCUACGGUUGAAAUUUUUGACGAGAAUUCCCAAGAGGUAUGCCAGGACGAAGGACAAACCGAUAGCGAUUAUGGUUUGUGUGCAGCCCAAAUCGUCAUAACGGCUGCUACUCCUAUGAUCGAAGAGGCUGCCACUCCCUUCCCACCUCCAGAAGAAUCGACAGAUAAUCACAAAGAUGAGACUGAAGAAUCAACGCCGAUUCCGGAAGAAGAAUCGGACGGAUCGAAACAAACCACGCAAAAUCCAUUGUCUGAUGAAAUAAAUUCACGACAAGAAGCAAUAGAAGAUAUGGAGGAGGUGUUCGACGACCACCAUGCCGACACUCCUUUUGUCGUGAGCAGUAGUACUGGGAGUGACGGUGAAACUACGGGACCGAGUACAGCAGAAAAUUCGGUCAGCCAAGCUCCUCCAAUCGAUACCGAACCGAAACAAGUAGUGGGAGGAAGGGCAAGCAUUCCAGACGAAUUAGAGCCGCACCAGUUGGCUCGACUCCAAGACCUCAAAGAAUCCAAUGCCUAGAUAAUAUGUUAAGUCAAUGCGGUUUUAUUUUUCGUAUCAAUGAGCAUCAAUUUUUGAGGAAGUCAUAGAUUUACAUGUGCUUCACAAUAUAAAAACGCAACUCGUUAUCGUCAUCAGAUUCGAUCGCAUUAAAAAUAUGUAAUUGGAUCAAAUAUGUCGAAGUUCAGUGAAAGCGACGAUCUAUUAAUGUAAUCAACGUUUCCGUUAAUUUUUGUUUGACAUUUAUCGCUUCCAGUUGAUUUCAAACCAGCAAAAAAACAUCAGCAAAACUUAAUAUUCUAUCGAUCAAAUAAAAUGAUUAAUGGAACUGUUGAAUAUAAUGAGAAAUAGAAUUUGGAAAGUGAAUUACAUAUUUUUAUUCGACGUUGAUUUAAUUGGAUUUUAGGUAUGAUGAAUCGCGCGUAUAUUUGUACCUACUUUGUUACCUAUUUGUUAGUGUUGACGAUAUUUUCCUGUUAGGAAAUAAUACUAUAUAUUUAACUAGUUGAUUCGAUUGAGUUCUCCUUUUACAUUAUGGAUCAAAUUGAUUCGAAUUGAGAUAUCGUUUCUUACAUGCAUCACUUAACAACUGAGGAGUAUUAGGAAGUGACCUACGAUUUCACCUCGACUCAACUAUUUAGUUGUUGGUACACACAAUGAGAUCUCGAUCAUUCCUCAUUCUUCUCUUCUUUAACCGGCGCUACGGUCCUUUGAGAACCAGGGCCUCCUCAACAAUCGACUCCCAAUCCUUUAUGUCCUGACCACGGUGCCUCCAACGGCGAACCCCUAGACGGAUUAGGUUCGCCUCUACGUCCCCCAAUCAACGAAGGAGCGGUCUUCCUCUCGGUCGUCGUCCUCCAGGUACAUAGCUCUGCGCGGGUAUCGAUCAGAAGGCACUUUAGAGGCGUUACCAAAUCUGGCUUACCAUGCAUCCGUCUCAGCUCAGCAUUCCUCCGAAUCCUCCAAGCAAAAAUCUUCCUCGCAUCAUUUUGUGACUACGGGGCGGAUUAUCAUCUUGUAAAUUGUUUGCUUUGACCUUCGUGCUCUCUGGACUGCCCAGAAGCAUCUGUUUUCCGCGGCAACUCUUGCCUUGAUCUCUGUAUUUGAAUUGGUGGAACACAGGUAAGCGAUGUUCUCGUUCCUUAUUAAUAUAGCAAAAUGAUCAAUCGAAGAGCUCUGGCCAGUGCUCUCCUUUAUAUAGAGGAUAAAAAGAGGAAAAGAAAACGAAGAUACUGCGUUGAAGAAUUAUCAUGGAAAAAAUUUAAGAGCUUUACAGAAUGGGCGGAAGAAGUUUCAACGAAAUCAUUUCAUUAUCUAUUAAGACAGAUCUCGUCAUUUCAAGAGUCCAAAAACGUUAAAACACAACUGAUCUGAUUAGUGAACACACUGUUUACACUACCACUACACCAUAAUUCACAAUUACACUGUCUGGCGUAAGUUUCUAUAACCAAGAUAGCGUCUUCAGAGUCUGAAGGUAAACUAAGUUGGAUAUCGAAACGCGCGUCAAACAGAGUAGUUGAGAAUGUCGGUGUAGUGGUAGUGUAAACAGUGUGUUCAGUAUGAUCUGAUUAGAUCGUCGACUGUUUAGUUGGCUCUAUACGCACUCCCAUUUGAUUUUAUAGAAUUUUCACAAACAACUAAAUAGUUUUGUAUCAGAAGUUGUAUGUAUGCGCCUAGCCUAAUCUCAAAGUUGAUUAUUAUAACUUAAAUCAAUUUCACGGAAUGAAAGAUUGAUUGAUGCUUUAAAAUUUUCUGUUCUGGUCGAAUAUUUUCGAAAUUUUUUGGAAAGUUGGUUAGCUCUUUAUUUUGUUUUCUUUGUCUUUGAAUCCAUUUAAUAUCUAUAUCUAUUUCUUGCUUCUCUUGUCAUCUUUCCAGCACUACAUCUAAAUUUUCCAAUAAAUAUCUGCUUCCAUUUCGAUGUCACUUAUUUGUACCUGUUUUUUUGUACCCUACACAACUGAGCAAGUGUCCAUUCUUUCCAGAGAUGAAAAUAAAAACGCGGCAGCUUUUUAGAUUUUUUGGUUUAAUUUGUACAGUGGAAUCUAUUUAACUGAGCCUUAUAUAUGAGAAACCUCAGCUAUUGAUAAUUAUACUAAAGUAGGUACCGACACUUUUUCAUGAAACAUUUCUGUAACUGGAAAUUUCGAGACCACAUUAACUGAAAUUAAAUUUCAUUUUAUUUAGUCAGUUUCUCUCAACUUUUGUCAAGACCUUCAUCAAAUUUUGGAAACAGGAGAAAGUCUAAUGGUGCUAAGUCCGUACUAUAUGCUGGAUGAUCCGAAACUUCCCAUUGAAAAAUUUCCAAUCGUACUUUUGUUUUUACUCCAACGUGAGGCGAUUCUAAAGAGUAGACCUAAGCUCUAUCGACCACUCAGCACUUAUCGUCGUUUUUCUUGACAAAAGUCUAACAGAAGAAUGAUUUUACGGUUCCAUAAAGCCGUGUUCAUAAUUUUUCAUAUUGAAAUUUCUCUUUUGAAUGUUCGUGGUCUCGGACAGUUGGAUGCUGAAACUCAUUGAAAUGAAGUACUACGCAAUCCACGUUGAGAAACUUGGAAAAAGACAAAAUCAUUUUCUGAAAAGCUCUCUUUCUCUUUGAGCUUCACUACACAAUAAAAUUCCUGAACAACGAGUAUCGAAAGAUCAGAGAAAGAUAUUAGUGAAAUCAACAUCCUCCAGACUAUAAGAUUUGCCAGGAAAGAUGGAUUUCCUGUAAGCAAUACCAUCAUCCGUAACUGCUUUAAAGUGGCGGAAGGACUAAAGUUUGAAAACUUUGAGAGGAGGGAAAAAAUUGUGACACAAUUACAGAAAGGAACCAGAUCAUUCCCGCUCGUUAAAAAAACGAAAAUGGCGAUCAGGUCACGUUUGAAAAUGUUUUGCGUACGGACGAUGACUUACUAGUAACGAAAAACUCAGUGACGACAUUAUUUCUGAAUUUUUAGAAAGCAUGCAGAAAACGUUUAUUAAGUAAGUGAUAAUACUUUAGAGAGAGUGUAUUAAAGUGUGACGCAUAAAAAGCCUUAGACGUCAAUUGUUGAUGAUAUAUCUGAGCAAAUUUAUAAACAUCUUAAGCAACUAAUAACCUAAUAAAACUGAUUUUCUCAAGAUAAUAGUUGUUCAAUACAACAUAGGUAUAUAUUUCCUUUACAUAUGAUUUUUUCGGAAACUGGGUUAAUGAAAGACCUCUAUAAGUGUGAAAUAAGUCCUUUAGAAUUCCAGUUAAAUAAUUUUCACUGAAUUUAUUUUUGGUUUUGUUCCUUUUUGUAUUGUUUUGAGUUUCAUUAUAAUCGAUUUGACGUAAGAGACAAUUCAUUGCAAGGCAAUUUGGUUUGUUGUUAGUUUUCGUAAAAAUAAAUUAGAAAAAAUUCGUGAUAAUUAUCAGAAUUGAUGGUUUCGACAACGUAGCAUUGUAAAAAACGACAAAUAGAUGAAAAAUAUCAGAAAAACUAUUUAUAGCGUAAACGCCGUGGUUAGAGCUUGUUGGUAUAGACAAAAGAGGGCAGAUUAAAUAAUUUUGGUCGAUUUCAAACUAAUUUUAAAAUAUUUGGAUUCUACUGUUAAAACUAUCACUAUCUUAUAUUUUCUUUAACAUACUGUAACGUUUCUUGGUUAAAAGGUCGUACUAUCACACUAAUUACAAAACUACUUACGAUUUAGUAGCUAUCUCUUCACUUUAUACAUCAAUUGAUACCGCCCAGACUGUUUUGUAUCAUUAACCAUUUAUAUUCAUUUUUUUCUAAGUAAGUACUAGCAUUAAAUUUUAGUCAGUCUCGUCUUUGAAAAACAAAAAUCAAAUUGUUGCUAAUCUACAUGGUGGUUCGGUUAGAAAAAAAAUGAUUCCAGUUUCAUAACUACCGCUAUUGACCUCUGAGCAAUAGAUCUCGAGAUAUUUGUGAAAAACUGAUUUUUGUGACCUUUUGACCUUUAUAAUUUUUUUAGCCGGCAGCAUAUCGAUGUCGACUUUUCGCAUCUUCAUUACAACCCCUUAAUUAAGGUGCAUACAAAAAUUCAGCUCAUUUUUCCGCCUAAAAUGACUGGGCUAUAUUGUCAUACUGGAUAAACAACGAUUUUCUUUCCUCUUUAUAUAGAAAAUUGAUUAUUUACAGUGCUUAUUCUUUAAAAUAAAUAUAUUUCGCCGAAAAAAUGAAAAUAAAACACCACACCACUACUAAUAACAAUUUUAUUGUAAGUAACACAAUGUUUGUCCCCCAACACAAUAUGAUUUCAUCUCUAAAUGACUGAAUGAGUUGCUAUUAACAUGAAUAUUUUUCUUACUCUAAUACAGCAGUUUUUGACUGCUCAUCGUAGCAAUAACUGUGCUCUUUUGGCUAAACAAGUGUGUUUUUAGGAAGGCUUCUCGAUUAAUUUAGUCGAAUCUACAUAGAUUUUAGAUUAUGAAGAUAGACUGAUGGCAGUUGCAAUAAUGGGUACCGGUACAUUCCACCAUAAUUUGUUGAUUUGUUUUUUGUAUGUCUAUUUAUCAUAAUUUUAUUAUUUAUUGAUGGCAUGAACAAUUGAAAUGGCAGCAUAUCUCAAAAAUAUAUAGUUUUUUGACGUAAAUUUUAACCAAAAAUUUAUAAAUACAAAAAUUGGGAUUAAAACGAUAGAAAUAUCAUAAGCCGUUAAAGAGAAAUGGAUGUUAUAAAUUCUAUCACAUUAUUGUUUCAUAUGUAUAAACCCGUGUGAAAAAUAAAAAAGUCAAUGAACUUUGAGAAGUUGGUGUAGGUCAGUUUGAAUGAAUGAUUUGCUUUUUUAUUGGUCUGUUUUAUAUUCUAAGAAUGACAGAGAGUUAACAAAAUAUUUUGAAAAUAAUUUUAUGAGAAACAAAUUUAUUCAGUAAACUGUAGACAACUAACUACAUCGAUUGAAAACAUUAAAUUUGAAACAACUCUUUAGAAUAGUUUUUUUCAAAUGUCCAUGUCAACGUAUUUUUCCAAACUACUAGGUAAAUAUCAUCUUUUGUUUGUGUUUAGAGACUUUUAACUUUUAGUUAAAGAUAAGAAAUUCAUUUGUACAUACACGAAACUACCAAAAAGCUGCACAAGAAUUUUAUUGGCCACAUUAUAAGAUUUUUAAUAACUCGUACAUUUGUAACACUACAACUUUUACCCACGUUUUUAUUGUUUUCGAAAUACACCUUAUAGAUGUGUGGUUGUUUUAUCUUAGAAAAGCAUUUUAAACAGGUUUAUUAUUAUACUAUUCAUACUAAAAUUUCCAAUAACACUUUUUAUUGUUUAUAAAACAACAAAACUAGUUGUAUUCUGGGUUUAUUGUUCACCUCUUUUGAAGUUUGAAAGAAAAUCAACAGAUGUCGCUUACUUCGUAAUUUUCGCGAAUAUCGAACAUUUAUAUGUAUUAGGGGGCGUCUAUUAAUCACGUGAGGCGUUUUUAGACAUUUUUUUAGCUAAACCCCUCCCUUGAACGGGUCACGUAAAUAAUGGACGUCCCCUUACAUAUAUAGAGAAAAGAAGAA